AUGGACGCAAUAACAUCUUCGCCUGAUCCUCUCAGCAAUUCGCCGGCUGCUUACUUGCCUGCGAAACCUCCGCCGGCGUCGCGAAAUACUAGACGUAGCUUAACCCUCCAAGGUAGCUCUCCGAAGAAGCAGACCUUCGACCUGGAAGUUGGGAAUGAGCUGUCGCCGCAGAAGAUUCGCAUCACAGUCGAAGCUGAGAAUCCCGGCGCGCAAAACGCACAUGCGUACUUCGAUGAUGGCGCAUCCGUAUCGCCGACUCGGGCGCCUACCAACCGACGCAGGGAGCACACGACUACAACCACUAUUCCUGUCAAGGGUUUGUCAGAUUCUGGAGACGAUAAACCACGGGCAAUCACUCCCAAGCGUGGGAGGGGUAGGCCUCGGAAAUCUGGUACUCCUGUGGCUGCAAAGAAGAGUAGUCGAGCGAGCACGCCUGCUCGAAAGAAUAAAAGGAACUCAAUUGGCGAUUUGGUGGACGGAAAUAAGGAGAAUGAUAAUAAUUACCAAGUUGGCAAAGGUGUGGCAAAUGGGGGAGGGAAGGGCAAAUCGAGAUCUAGGUCGGCGAAGGGAACUCGCAAGUCUACGCCUACUACGAAGGAAGUGGAGGCCUCUACCAAGCGUUCAUCAAGCGCAGUUCGCAAGAAUGGCAAAGGUCGAACGAAGUCUAUACCACCCGAGCAGGUUGAAGUUCUAGAGGACGAAAGCGGUCAAGGCAAUGACAAUGACUAUGACUAUGGUGCCGAGGAGGCCGGCUUAGAAGGGGCUUUAGAGCGCAUCGACUCGAACAUCCGAAAUACUCCUUCUGCAUACUCUACAAUCCGCUCCACGACUACGAUCGGGGGGGAGGACGCAGACGUUGUAAUCGCAAGAUUCGACCCAGGAAGGGAGACUCCGCGCCAAACAGGGUGGUCGAGUCCGCAGGUCACUCGGCCUGGGCCAUCAAUCUCCAAACAGAGAGCUCACGGUCACCCAUCGCAAUCUGUAGAUCCAGCAAAUUCAACAUACAGUCGAGGUAGCGGCGAAGGCAUGAUGAUGACUCAUACUCCUGAUCAUCAUGUACGACGGAACUCUUACGAGACUAAUGAAUUGCACCCUGGUCUCCAAAAUGACGAAGAAGAUGAAGACGAGGUUGGUGACAUAGGAGAAUUUGACACGAUCCUCGAGAGUGAAGGAUUUAGUAUGAUUUCUGUCGACUCGGUUCCGUCGCUUCGAGAACAUCUUAGCAGCAGCCCAGCAAACCAUUACGCGAAGCAGCCAUCAGGCCAAGCUAAGAACAAGUCUCUGCUUUCUGCUCGAGCUCACGAGACUGCUUAUGAGGACUCGUUUUCGGCCAUUCCUGAAGAAGUUAUUGAAGCUGCUACGCCUGGCCGAAAAGCACAGAACCCGAGAUUGUUGUCGAUUCAGCAUGGGCGGCUAGAUGAUUCUUGCUCAAGCAUUCCACCAGAUGUCCUUGACGCUGCGACUACACAACGAAAAGUACCACAGAAUAAGUCAUCUGCAAUAAACCUUGAGGUUGAUGGCCAAUGUGCGGAUUCUUUCUCAGCAAUUCCUCCGCCUAUGUCGGAUGCAGCUACUCCAGGACGAGUCCGCCAAGGUCACUACCCACCAGAUACCUUAGAUGUUACCGCCCCAAGACGUUGUGCGGCACCUCAUGCAUCGAGUCCAGCACCGGCUCGACUCAUAACUCCCGAUGAGACUCCCUCCCCUGCUGGUGAAAGGCCCGUUGCGGAGAGUCACGUUUCAAAUGAUCGUCCCUCAUCUUCGCGUUCCGCAGCUAGACAAACAGAGGCGCCAGAAAGAUCUCAAAACUCUCCGGUAAUCCACUCACAAUUACCAUCUUCUCCCCCAUCUAUUGCACCGCGGAGAUACACCUAUACUGCUCAUCUUCGACAGCAUCGCCAAUUGAACCCGGACGUGACUCAAACACCUUCAGUUGUCUUCUCAUCUCCAGCUCUGCCGCCUCGCCUCCAAGUCGGUCGGGGAGCGCCAUUACUGGCACCACCAGAAAAGAAUGAACCGAAACCUCUCUCUCCAACAGUCCGUGCUGGGCAAAUGCUUCAGGAUAUUGUUGUUCCGUCAUCAUCAUCCAGAAGCAGAUCUCAGAGUCUUGGCAGUCCUUUCAAGAGUCCUUCUGCAAAAAGACCCUCAUCCAGCGCUGCUCAAGAGUCGUAUCCGUCUCCUGGAAAUGUUAGGCUCGCAGGUCCUCUCCCGAGACUUGAUCUUAGUGGCCAGUUUUCUGAAGGCUCAUCUCAACGAACACACAGUUUAUCCCACCAUCAGGAAGAUCCGUUCCGCAGCAGUGCGUUGCCACAGCAAAGAUCGCCAUCUCCAGAGCAGAAAAGCCAGUACAUCCUUGAGCUCCCGAGAGGUCAACACUCUGACUCACACGUUGACAAUAUCAGAUCAGAGGCUUCUUUUCGAGGUGCUGAUGACAUGAGCUGGCAAGCAGAGCAAGAAGUUCACGUUCCCGAGAGCAUCGCAUUGGCGAGAAAUAGUGGCAGCCAAUCUGAACAUAGAGCAUCGAACAGUAUGUCUGCCGAGGAAAGCUUGGCUGCUGAACGUGCUCUCGUCAUCAAACAGAUCUCAAAUGCCAACAGUAGUAAGAUCGUUGUGAUCGACUCGGACAACGAAUCUUCAAACAAUGGCCGACCCGCCGAUGAGGAUGACGAAGAUUUCGGGCUUUUGUUGGAGACACUCAAUUCAUCAUCGCCUGUGGUAGAGCGUCAACAAGACUUGCCUCUAGAAAUCGUCGAGAAACCGAGGGGAAGCAGGCUCCCGAGCCCAUGGAGAAAGAACAGCAAGAGACUGGUUUACAGCGAUGAGCUAUCACACGUGCAGUCUUCUCCUCCACUGGCAGAACACGUCCCUCCAAAGAGACCUGCUAGAGAUCUGAUCUCGCAACCUCUUGCUGUGCAGCAAGGACUCAUUGAUGGUGGCAUCGAUGCUGAUCUUUCAGGAUACCAAAUCCCUCAAAAGGCAAACUUCAAACCCAGACCUCGGGAAACCCGGGAUUUCAAUCUCUCUGCUCUCCUCGCAGCCUCCCCUCCAAGACGUCUUCCUACGCUUUCAGGAUUAUCUCAGCAGUCAGUAUUCCAAGGACCGUCUAGCUCAAGCCAAGUAUCCUCAUCAGCUGCUCUUAAAGAGGCGGUUUCUGAGCCGUCGAGACAGACCGCCCAAGAUUCAUCUGAAUUCGGUCCUAUACAGUCAAAGAUUGACUUUAAGCCAUGGCGGUCAGCAGAUGCCGUAUGUUCUUCAAUACCCUCUGCAGAGAGUAGUACCGAGUCAGCCAGACAGGGUGCUCUCAAGUCAACCGACUAUGCUCCCAUACCACAGAAGAUGGGUUUCAAGCCCCGUCCUUUGGCGGAGACCUCAUCCUCACUUUUCGCCCCUCGACAGUCUGCGGCAGAGCAAGCAAAGCACCGUGCGAGUAAAGAGACAGGAUUCACACCAAUCCCGCAAAAGAUGGGCUUCAAGCCACGAGCCAGAGCUAUACUCUCGACUUCGCCCAUUAAGCCUGCCAGUCAAGUCCCGAACCUCUUCAGCAAGCCCCCUCCCAAUCAGACAAUUAAAUUCCCCGAGCCUCAAUCCUCAUCACCAGUCUCAACGCCCCUCGCGGCCGCCUCACCAAGCCGCACAAAUACCCUUUCCGGUUACCACACUCCAACAGCAUCAGCCCAACUCUCUCCUUCAGCUUACUCACCCGAAUCCGCCACAUCCAACACGUCUGAGAAAGAGCAAAUCUUAGCCAUCAAAUCCCGCACCCAGAGAUGGGCCGAAUCUCUUCCCCUGCGCAUCGAAACCACCGUCCACGUAGCUUUACAAACACCACCCCGGCAAGUCCCCGCUUCGCAAACGAAAUCGUGUCUACGCUCGCCGCUGAAGACACCAUCUACGCAAAAUCCAAGUUCAGGAAACGGGGGCGAGAAUCUAAGUCCAAGCAAAGGCGUCACCUUCGCCUCCUCCUCGCCCACUCCCGAGUCACCCAUCGCUCCACUCUCCGCGUGCACCUGGUCCAAGGACCACUGGCAGCUACUCGACACCAUAGUGCAGGCCUGGAAACCGUCCCCCUCCUCCGAACCCGGAAGCCGGAGCAAGAGGCGAAACAGUACACGCGUCAUCAGUCGACUGCUAGGCAAGACUGUCCGGAGCGGCGGCGACAGUAUGCAGUUGGAGCAGUGGCACCUCGAGGCGGUGGACGAGUUCCGCGGCAUGGUGCCCGGGUGGCAGGAGAAGGUGAUUGCCAUGAGGGUUUUUGCUUUGCUGGUUGGGGAGGAGAAGAGGGCGGCCGGGUUGGUGGGCGGUGGGAGUGGAAGAAGCGGGGAAUAUGCGCAUUUGGCAUGA